AUGUCGUGUUUGGCGCCUCUGGUGGCGCGAUGGGCUGCAAGCUCCGCCGCUGGAAGCAAGCGCCUGGCGGAAGUAGCGUCUUCGAAUCCUGGUGUUGCUAGGGUCGUUUUGAAGAAGGGCAAGGCGCAGAUCUUCGUCACUGGCAAUCCCAUGGUGUUUAGCGGCGCCAUCGAUCGGAUUAUCGGUCGGCCUCCUCCCAAGACGGGGGAUCUCGUGCUUGUCACGAAUGGCGCCGAAGAGCCUAUCGCUUGGGGAGUCUACAAUGCGGUCUCUAUGUUUCGGGUUCGUGUGUUACAAACCCAAGACGAAGCUGCAAGAGAUCCACACUCCAACUUUGAUAUUGAGAAGCUUAUCGAGACUAGAUUGUCUGGAGCUCUUGCGCUUCGAAAAGCUUUGGGCCUUCCUUCCGGUGAAACAAAUGUUUAUCGGCUUGUCAACAGUGAGGGUGAUAGGCUUUCGGGACUUGUGGUGGAUGUCUUUGACAACCAUAUAGUUGUGGCAUCGUCUGCUGCGUGGGUUGAAAAAUACAAGACGAACAUAGAGGAAACUCUCAAGAGAUUAGUCGGGACGAAACUUCUGACUUGGAGGCCAUCUGUGGAGCUGCUGAAGGAAGAAGGCUUCGAAUGCGUGAUUGAAUCAGAAGAAAGCCCCGAAGAAGUUCACGUGCUUGAAAAUGGUAUUGCUUAUCAAGUCUCUUUGGGGGGACAAAAGACUGGAUUUUACGUCGAUCAGCGAGAUAAUCGGCUGGCACUCAGGUCCUUUUGCAAAGAUAAAACUAUUUUGGAUCUUUGCUGCUACACUGGUGCCUUUGCGCUCAACGCAGCCAUCACAGGAGCUUCUCGAGUCAUUGGCAUUGACUCCUCGAAGUCUGCUAUAGACCUUGCGGACGCAAACAUCUCUCUCAACAACAUAGAUCCACAAGUGAUUACGUUUGAGAAGGCGGACAUUGUUCAGUACAUGAAAGCCGCGCUGUCAAAAGGAGAAACCUGGGACGUGGUUGUGCUUGAUCCUCCAAAGCUGGCACCGAGCCGCAAGUUUCUCGAGAAAGCUGCGAUCAAAUACCGCAACCUAAACGCAAUGGCGAUGCAAUUAACCAAACCUGGUGGAUUGCUAAUGACUUGCUCGUGCUCUGGCGCUGUGGCACAAAGCCAGAACUUCUUAUCGAUCAUCCAGGAGGCUGCGAGAGCCGCUGGAAGAAAAGCCGCAUUGCUUCGUGUUUCUGGAGCUGGACCAGACCACCCGAUUGAUCUGGCGUAUCCAGAGGGCUCAUAUUUAACAAAUUGCCUUCUGCGAGUAAUAUAACGCCAUGUGUCUCCUAAAUCUUGGGCCUUAAACCCUUUGAUGCGAACGAAUAUACUCCAGAGGAUUAGGGUUA